CAUGGACAUUUAAUUAUGAGAGGUGUUGCUCGGCAGUGCAAGUUAGCAUGCUUUGUGCACAAUAUUUCUAGUUUCAUGUUGAGAAUUUGGGAUUUCGUUCAUUGUCUGAAAAGGGAGAUUCUGAAAGAUGAGUUUACGCUCGUGGCCCACAGUUAUUCUCGCAUUUGGAGCUUGUUCAGAAGUACUUUACUACUUGUACAAGACGAAAGUUCACCAGAGGUUGUGGAGCUAUUUUGUUGCGUCGUCUGCUACCCGGAAAUCGACCAUUGAAACUGCACGAUCUUUAGACAUAUUUCAUCAAGUCUUGUUCUUCCCAGACAAGGAGCGCACCUGCCCUGACUUUUUCUUGUCGGAGAGAGGGUGUGGAAGGCCCAAGUGCCCCUUCUCCCACAAUGUGACAAACUUCAGCAGGAUGGUCGGACACAUACAGAAGGCCAAACAAUCCCUAGACAUUUGCAUGUAUACGAUAACGAAUAAUGACUUGGCAGAGUUAGUCGUCAAGCUGCACGAAAGAGGGAAUGUGGUGCGGAUCAUCACAGACGAUGAAGCAAUGAACAUGUCUGGGACUUUCAUCGGAAAAUUCCGAAGAGCUGGGAUCCAAGUACGAAGGGAUUACUCCAGCUACUUGAUGCAUCAUAAGUUUGUUGUCAUCGAUGGGACGACGCUCAUCAAUGGUUCCUUCAACUGGACUUGCCAUGCCGUCAACAGCAACAAUGAGAAUGUGCUGAUUACAAAUAACCCAGAGAUUGUUGAGCCGUUCAUUGCAGAGUAUGAGAGGUUAUGGGAGGUCUUUGACCCGGCUAAGCGACCUCCUUGACCCGACUAAGCGAUCCCCUUGACCCAGCUAAGCGACCUCCUUGACUCCAAAAAGAGGACCAACAAUGAGGCUGAAGCAUCCACAUAACAUACAAUAUACUUAACUCCCAUGUCAUGCUAUCUCCAGCUGAAGACCUUAAUAAGUGGAAUCUAGAAUUAAGACAAGUCCCAACCUGAGCAUAUUUUGGAGUUUUGGUACCAUAAUGGAUUUGCAUUAACUUUGUGUAAUGUUUGCUAGUAUGACUAAGACAGUGGCUUUUCUCUCACAGUUACAGUCCAAAUGUCUGAAGAAGUACUAGUAACUCAACAUACUACAGUCAAGAAUGGAAAAAAAAAACACCAAUUGUGAUUUUGCAAAGCUUUUAUUCAUCAAUUUUCUUUGGCAAAAAUAGAAAAAUACAUCACCGUCGAUAAGCUUCUGAUAAAAUUUGUAGCAGUAAAGUUACACUUCACAGAAAAAAAUGGCACUUUUUUAAAUUGCCAACAUUUUUAAGUGAAAAAUAAAUGUAAUUCAAAUAGAUACAACACUGUAGUUUUGUAUUGUACACAAUCACGUUUGAUAAUAAGGGGUACAUUUUUAUUACAUUUGGUAUAUAUUUUUUUAAAUUCAAUGUGAUUUUAUAAAAACAAACCCAAAUUUCAACACAUGAAGUUUUACAUCACUUUUUUAAUCACCUAUGAUUGAAACUUAAAACAGAUUUUAGUAUUUGUCCACUUGCUGUUUAAAUGUGUUUUGCUUGUGGCAGGUACAUUGUUACAAGUUCAUUAUUAAACAAUUUUAAGGAAAACA